UUGUGUUCGUAUAGUUAGGUGCUAGUGAACAUGAGUAUUGAAUGCUGAAGCUAUGUUACCUACUUUCGGACGAACAAGGCCUUAGUUAUAGUAUACUAAAGCCUAGAGUCAAUAUACUAUAUAGGCAAUGGCCGUUGAAAGGAAACGGACUGAGCGGAACCAUAGCUGUUUUUAGAAAUACAAAUUUACUAGUUCAAAGAUGUCAUCAACGUCACAGAAACACACAAACUUUGUUUCUGAGCCUAUGGGAGAUAAGGCAGUAACAGAUCUAGCUGGAAUUGGAGAAGUAUUAGGGAGGAGGCUUGACAGCAAAGGCUUUGAUAAGGCAUAUGUAGUACUUGGGCAAUUUCUCGUGCUAAAGAAAAACAGAGAACUAUUUAUUGAUUGGUUGAAAGACGUAGCAGGUGCAAACAGUAAACAAGCUACAGACUGUUACCAGUGUUUGCAUGAUUGGUGUGAAGAGUUUCUGUAAACUGUUGGAAAAAGUUUCAGCAGUAGUGAUCAGUGAAUUGGUAGUAUUUUUUAUGUGACACACCACAGCAGGCAACAUUGUAAGUUAAUCUUGGUGUGGCUUGUAAAUACCCUCUCCUGUUGAUUAUUUUGGGAUAAAUCCAAAGCAUUUCUGCAACAUUUUAAUCACAUUUCUUACAUGAAUUAUUUUUAUUCUGCUUAAAGUAUUGUUUUUUAAUAUUCAAUUGAAAUUUCAUGGUUUACUCUGUAUAGGUCAUUUUGGAUAAGCAUCAGGCUUAAUUUUUGUAUGUUGAAAAAUAAUAAAUUUUCCUUUUAAAUAUUCA